AACGCUGCUCAUCUCCAUCACUUCUUCACUAGCCUCACAGCAUCGCCGCCUCCGCCUUUCUCUACGGAGUCGACAACUUAUACCCCAAAACCACAGCAGAAGAACAAACAACCAUAGAAAAUGCCUCCAAGAAAGAAGAAAACUGCGAAAACCCCACAGAAGACCAAAUCUUCCACCCCUUCCUCCACCGCCGCCACAAUAAAUCCAACUCCCACCCCACCGGAACCCUCGCUGACCUCCGAUGCCGCCGCUUUCAACGAUCUCUCUGUGGAGAAUGAUCAACGGCCCUUACCCGAAACCGGACACGGACCCGAACCGGAAACCAAACCCGAGGGCGAAAUCGCGAACGAGCUCGACGUCAAUCCCUCGCGGGAACCAGAAGCCAUCACUACUGCUCCCGAAGCCUCAGAACCCGCAGCGGAGGAGGUUCCUGAAGCCCCUGGAGUGAAUACGGCUGAGACAACUACAGCUGAACCUAUCGAGAAGCCUAGCACGAAGACGGUCUUGCGCGUGAGAAAGGUAGUGAGGAAGAAAAUUGUGAAGAAGUUAGUUCCGAAGGGUUCUGUAGCAGCCAAGAAAGUGGAUGACUUGCCAGAGCUAGAUGACUUAGCGUCUUCACGAGAGACUAGUGAGAAAGACCUUAACCCUAAUUCUGUUUUGGAUAGUAGCAUACAACAGGAUGCAACGAAGGAGGCAUUUAAACCUGAUGCUUUCCAGCAACUGGAGCCUGUGAACCCUGUACCCGAGGCUGAGGACAAUGUGGAGAUUAAGGAAAAAUGUCUGCAGAUGGAGGCUAAAGAUGACGUUUUGAAGACAAGGAAAGUAGUGAGGAAGAAAAUUGUGAAAAAGUUGGUUCCUAAGGGCUCAUUAGCAGCAAAGAAAGUGGAUGCUGAGCCUCUGCAAGACGGCAUAGUGUCUUUAGGGGAGAACACUGAGAAGUACCUUAACCCUAAUUCUGCCCUGCCUAGUACUAUUCAACAGGAUGCACCGGUGAUGACAUUUAACCCUGAUGAUAAUCAGCAACCGGAGGUGAAGAUGGAGGAAGAUAACAAGCUUGAGUCAGGCAAAUCUGAUGAUAAUUUGGAGAUUAAAGAAGAGUGUGGGCAGAUGGAGUUGAAAGAUGACAAUUUGGAGAGUGGGAAAGAGGGCGAUGGGUUGGAGGCUGCAGUGGUGGAGCAGGAGGUGAUGGGCUUGUCAGAGAGAAUGAAGAGGCGGAAGGCAGAGAUAUUUAUAGGGGGUUUGGAUAGGGAUGCGAAGGAGGAAGAUAUAAGGAGUGUUUUUGGAAAGAUUGGGGAGAUUUUGGAGCUCCGCAUGAUGAUGGAUGGACAAACGGGGAAGAAUAAGGGUUAUGCUUUCUUGAGGUAUGUGGAACCCAGUCAGGCAAAGAGAGCGGUGGCUGAGUUUGCCAAAGUUGAG